AAUGCUUAAAAGUUGCACUUCGUCAUGCAGGCGAAGUAUUAACGCAAACAAAGUGUUAGCUUCAUUAAGGCAAACAAAGCUAGGUACCUUUUUGGCUGUAUUUUAAUUGGAAUUAUUCCAAGGUGCAAACGUCUCAUAUUUACAGAUGAUUACUCGGUGUUGGCUCGGAUGUUAGUGGAUAUUGGUGGACUCUCACACAAGCCGUGGACACUCGCCUUGGCAUGCAGAUUUAAACCGUUACCUGCAGUCGAUGUCGGUUUCUAUGCAACCAGCGUAUCGCUUCACCCCACUUUCACAAGCGAUUCUUUAUCGAUGUUGUCCUUGCAUUUGCCGGAACAAUUGCUUCAGUAGAAAAGAAACUUGCGGACGGAGUUGUUAUUCACCUCAAGAAAUCCCUGUAGAAGCUUCAGCCGAAAUGGGUCGUAAGGAGGCCACCAGCGAAUGGAAGAAGAGCACCAACAACAUCCGGGAGGUGUUCGAGUUCAUGGAGGUGCUAGGAUCGGGGGCGUUCUCGGAGGUGUACCUGGUGAAGGAGAGGAAAACAGGAAACGACUUCGCCAUGAAGUGCGUGAAGAAGAAACAGAAGAAGAACAACAUCCUGGAGAACGAGAUCGCAGUGCUGAGGAGGAUUCAGCACGAGAACGUGGUGAGGCUGGAGCAGUUCUAUGAGAGCCGGACACAUUACUACCUGGUCAUGGAGCUCGUUUCUGGGGGCGAGCUCUUCGACCGCAUCCUGGACCGCGGGGUGUACACGGAGAAGGACGCCAGCCUGGUGAUCCGGCAGGUGCUGAACGCCGUCAGUUACCUCCACAACAACGGCAUUGUGCACCGCGACCUCAAGCCUGAGAACCUCCUCUACUACACCCAGCACGAGAACUCCAAAAUCAUGAUCAGCGACUUCGGGCUCUCCAAGAUGGAGGACAAUGGCAUCAUGAGAACUGCCUGCGGAACCCCUGGAUAUGUAGCUCCUGAGGUGCUUGCUCAGAAACCGUACAGCAAGGCAGUGGACUGCUGGUCUAUCGGAGUCAUCACCUACAUCCUACUCUGUGGAUACCCUCCUUUCUAUGAAGAGACAGAGACCCGCCUCUUCUCUAAGAUCAUGAGGGCGCAGUACGAGUUUGACUCUCCUUUCUGGGACGACAUCUCUGAGUCUGCAAAAGACUUCAUCCGCAACAUGCUGGAGAAGAACCCCAAAAAGCGCUACACCUGUGAGCAGGCCAUCCGACACCCGUGGAUCAUUGGAGAGACUGCACGCAGCCAGGACAUCUACCACUCUGUCAGCAUGCAGAUCCAGAAGAACUUUGCGAAGUCCAAGUGGAAACAAGCCUUCAAUGCGACUGUGGCCAUAAACCACAUGAAGAAGCUGCAGCUGGCACACUCGGAGAUGCUCGCCAAACAGACCCAGGGACCCGUCCCCGACAUCAAGGUCGUUGACCUUUCCUCCCCCGGCCCGUCCCGCCAGAACCUGGCCCCGGAGAACCUGGAACCCAACGGCAACCCGCCCGACGGUCACAUGACGCUGCCGUCCAAUCCGAACGAGCCCAGGAGCCACUACUACCCCACACGGCCCAAUCACAGCGAGCUGGCGCACGCUGACGGCUGCCACGGCCUCACCUUGGUGGAGAAGGGCAAACACGCCUACCACUCUGAGCCUGCCAACCUGAACGGGACAGCCAAACAGUACGGCAGCAUGUUCAGAGGCUCCAAUGGAAAUGUGCAUCCUCUGCAGACUGGCGUGUGCUCUGUCAUGUGACCGCCUGGAACAGCGAUACAGGGACAAUAAACGCAGGUCUGACAGGUCUGGUUUUUCUGCUGAGCUCCUGGCUGAGUGUGAAUCAGCAGUUUGUGUGGACGGGCCCAUGACACUGACUGAAUGGGAGCUUUGGGGUAGCCAUUACUGCAACAUCCCUAAAUCUGGAGUAAUUCAGAAGAGCGCCUAGACACACACACACACACUCAUACACUCUGCGCUCACACACUCACACACUGACACGCUCACACACUCACAAACUCUCACGCUGACACGCUCACACACUCAC